AUGGGACAAAAAGCAUCACAACAGUUGGCUCUGAAGGACAACAAAGAAGUUCUUGGCAUCUGUGAGGUGGUCAGUGAGGCUAUAGUCUACGCAGCUCAGAGACUGAAGGAGUAUCUUGGAUUUGAGUAUCCGCUGACUAAACUCUGUCCUGCUGCCAGUACUCUGAAUGAGAUCUUCUUAAUCCACUUCAUCACUUUCUGCCAAGAAAAGGGAAUUGGUGAGUGGCUCACCACCACCAAGAUGACCAAGCACCAAGCCUUCCUGUUCGGGACAGAUUGGAUUUGGACCUUUUGGGGAUCCAAUAAGCAAAUAAGGCUUCAGCUAGCAGUUCAGACUCUGCGAAUGGCUUCUCUUCAAUCUGCGGACUUCUCCAAUCCAGAGUCAAGGGUAGAGGAAUCUUCCUGGAAGAAAAGUAGAUUUGAUAAACUGGAAGAAUUCUGUAACCUGAUAGGAGAGGACUGUCUAGGCCUGUUUAUCAUCCUCGGUGUGCCAGGAAAGCCUGGAGAUGUUCGGGGAGUUGUCCUGGAUAGUGUCAGAAGUGGGAUGGUGAGCAGCCCUCUGCCAGGACACCAGGCUGUGGAACAGUUUGUCCUGGAGACAGAAGAUUGUGUGUCCAUCAAAGAGCUGCUCGGAAACUAUCUGAGUAAGAAAGACGGGCUGAGAGAGGUGGGCAAGGCUUAUAUUAGCAUCCUCUGA